AAGAAGCUUCAACAAUAUAAGGAUGACAAAACAAGAUAGCAAAGAUACAGAAGAAACUCCGAACGGUUCCCUCGCAUGUAACGAUGAUGAGAGAAGAGAACAAAGAUAAUGAUGCCCCAGAAGAAUCACAGAUCUGGACACAAAUCUUGUGGUACAUAUAUAAGCUCCUGACAUCGACGAUAUGUUCUGAACAUAUCUGAAGCAGACAGCUAUAUCAGUAUCCGCCAUGGCCAUCUUUGGAGCUCCUGUUCUUGUAGCCCUCGCAGUGGCUUGUGCAGGCCUCCUGUGGUUGAGAUCACGGAGCUCCUCGAAGGAGAUGAGGGACAUCCCCGGCACGAUGGGCUGGCCUGUCAUCGGCGAGACCGUCUCCUUCAUCUCCGACUUCUCGAGCCCGGCCGGCAUCCUGAGCUUCAUGCGUGACAGGCAGAAAAGGUUCGGCAAGGUGUUCAAGACGUACGUGCUGGGGAGGAUCACGGUGUUCAUGACGGGGCGCGAUGCGGCCAAGAUCCUGCUGUCCGGGAAGGACGGCGUGGUGAGCCUGAACCUGUUCUACACGGGCAAGCAGGUGCUGGGCCCGACGAGCCUGCUGACCACCAACGGCGAGGAGCACAAGAAGCUGCGGCGGCUCAUCGGCGAGCCGCUCUCCAUCGACGCACUCAAGAAGCACUUCGACUUCAUCAACGAGCUGGCCGUGCAGACGCUGGACACGUGGCUCGGAAGGAAGGUCCUCGUGCUCGAGGAGGCCUCGUCUUUCACGCUGAAGGUGAUCGCCAACAUGCUGGUGAGCCUGGAGCCGGAGGGGGAGGAGCAGGAGAAGUUCCGCGCCAACUUCAAGGUCAUCUCGUCCUCCUUCGCGUCCCUGCCACUGAAGGUCCCAGGCACAGCCUUCCACCGCGGCCUCAAGGCGAGGAACCGGAUGUACGCGAUGCUGGACCAGGUGAUCUCGAGGAGGAGGGACGGCGGCGAGGUCCGGAGCGACUUCCUGCAGACGUUGCUGCGGAAGCACGCCGGCGACGACGCGGACAAGCUGACGGACGCGCAGCUCAAGGACAACAUCCUGACCCUGCUGGUGGCCGGCCACGACACCACGACGGCGGGGCUGACGUGGCUCGUCAAGUUCCUGGGCGAGAACCCGGAGGUCCUGGAGAAGCUACGGGAGGAGCAUCUGGAGAUCAGGGAGAGGCUCAAGGGCACGUCGUCGUCGCAUCUCGGAUGGUCAGACGUGAACGGCGGCAUGCCUUACACCAACAAGGUGAUGAACGAGACCCUGAGGAGGGCAACCAUCCUGCCGUGGUUCUCCAGGAAAGCCGCUCAGGACUUCAGCAUCGACGGGUACGACAUCAAGAAGGGGACGUCGGUGAACCUGGACAUGGUGUCCAUCCACCACGACCCGGACGUCUUCGCCGACCCGGAGCGCUUCCACCCCGACAGAUUCGACCAAACGUUCAAGCCCUACAGCUUCCUGGGGUUCGGGAGCGGGCCGCGGAUGUGCCCCGGGAUGAACCUAGCGCGCCUCGAGAUCUGCAUCUUCGCCCACCACCUCGUCUGCCGAUACAGCUGGAAGCCGCUGGCCGACGACGACUCGGUGCAGCCCACGCUGGUGCGGAUGCCCAAGAACAAGUACCCCAUCAUCGCGACCACGCUCUAAGAUAACACAAAGAAGCUUCCGCAAACCGGCAAGAUGGUUGCUGCCAGAGUAGGAUGAUUCUAUUGUGGCUAGAUACGACAGAGCCGGCAUAGAUAGCAUCAUAGGAGUCUUGGGUGCAUUGUGCAACCAAAAUAUGGAUACCUAGGUGUCUUGCAACCUGCAAUAAUGUGAGGUUGGACAGAAAUAACUGAAAUAACUACGCUUGAAAACAUACAGCACACAGCACAGUGAAAAACAAGAUGGAUCUGCUCAAUUCACAACUUGCACAGUACAAAUCAACCGAAUUGUUCAAGAAAUGGGCGAAAUGUUACAGCUGUUGUGCCGUACGUGAGUACAUAAGCUCAACUGGCUAGUAAUCGACAGCAAAAGAUGAACCAUCUGUCGGCAGUAUUGAGAGGGUAAAAAAAAUAAAUCAACA